AUGGCCUCAGUUCAUUCUCAACCCGAAGAUGAGCCAUCUUCCAUCGGCCCAGAAAUCCACAACAAAUUCGUCACAUUCGAAACCACUUCCCAACUCUAUCGUCUCCCUCUUUCUUCGCCACUAGCCACCACCUUCCUCACACUCUCUGGACCAUCAAAGAUCGAAUUUCUCAAAGAGCACGGAGAAGUCAUCGCCAAGAAAUCCAUCGAAGAAAGAGGACGAAUAAUGAUCCACCACAGCGGUUCAUUCAUCUUUUGGAACGAGGGACAGAUCGAGUACUUGGUGCCUAGGGAGAAAGAGGGUUGGGAAGAUCAUGAACUUUCUAAGGAGUUCGAGAAAUUGGUGGAAAGAGGAGAGGGGAGGAGAGAGUGGAUUUUGAGAAAUGCGAUGAGGAUUAAGGAGUGGCCGGAUCAUGCUCAGCGAAAGCAGAGUGUUGAAUUUGUGAAGCGUGGUACUGGCGAGAAGGAGAAUUCGGAGCUUCACAAUGCUUGA